UUGUAAAUGACGUGUGAUGGGUGCAGGGAAGCGAGAAGAGUGAUGAUGGUUACCCCUUUGUCGGUAGCAGAAGGAUCUGAUUCGCGCAUGUCUAUAAAUACGAUCAUUGUUCAUGAAUCAGUAGAAGCCAGAUCCAAUCCACUCUCACACUCUAUAAAUAACGUAGCACUCUUCUGCCACUCCCGAUCCAAUGGAUCAACCACCCAAAUUCCUAAUCGAGGCAUCGGAAGCCCUCGCCAUGGCGGAGUCCGCCGCCGUCACAUUACCGGACCUCCUCCCCAGGCUGGUCCCCGCCGCCCAGUCCCUCGCUCGGCCACCCAUCUCCAACUUCCAGGUCGCCGCCGUGGGCCUGGGCCCCUCCGGCCGCAUCUUCGUCGGUGUCAACCUCGAGUUUCCGGGCCUCCCCCUCCACCACGCGGUCCACGCGGAGCAGUUCCUCGUCAGCAACCUCUCUCUGAAUGCGGAGGCCAACCUCACCUCCUUCGCCGUCUCCGCCGCCCCCUGCGGCCACUGCCGCCAAUUCCUCCAGGAACUCCGCGCCGCCUCCGACGUGAAUAUCAUGAUUACCUCCCACGAAACGCCGCAAUUCACCCCUCUCUCUCACUUCCUCCCUCACCAAUUCGGCCCCCACGACCUCCUCUCGUCUUCCACUCCCCUUCUCUUGGAAACCCACCACAACGCCUUAACUCUUCUCCCAAACCACACCGUCGACGACGACGACGCCCUCUGCAACGGCCACUUCCACAACCACAAGCUCAAGAAUGCGGCUCUCGAAGCCGCCAACAAAUCCCAUGCACCCUACACCGCCUCCCCCUCCGGCGUCGCCCUCCUCGACCGCCACGGAAAUAUUUACAAAGGCUCUUACUUGGAAUCCGCAGCCUUUAAUCCCAGCCUCGGCCCCGUCCAGGCCGCGCUCGUCGCCUUCGUCGCCGCGGGCGGCGGCGACUACCACGACAUUGUGGAUGCCGUUUUGGUGGAGAAGGAAGACGCCGCCGUUAAACAGGAGCAGACGGCGAGGCUGUUGCUUCACUCCAUUUCGCCCGAUUGCAACUUCAGCACAUUCCUUUGCCACUCCCAACCUUCACCACCCUGAUUCCAUGAACCAGUAGCAACAAUGACACUAAAAAAAAACAUCGUUGCUUUAGAUGUUGUGGUUGGAAUGAAUUAUUAAUCGCUGCUACUAUGAUUAAUGAAACAGUUUAAUGCUUUACAUGUUUUAUGGACAACAUGGAAGCUGAUGAGCGAUCGUGUGUUGAUAAGCUUUAAUUUAUUUAUUGUUUAGGUUGAAUUUGGAUGUUAAAAUGGAUCAGUUUCACGUGUUUUGUUAUAAUCUUUUUAAUAUGUGCGUGUGGAAUCAAAAGAAGUUACCGUCGCUUACUUAACAAGAGGAUUAUAGCUUCAUCCAAGCUUUUCGUUGGAAUCUACAUGUGAACUAUGCAUGUGAUCAUGAUCAGUAGUAAUAGUAAUAUAAGAUGUUCUUAA